AUGCGCUCGCCUCGCCGCGACACCCACGAAGACGCCGCGCAGCUGCAGCGCGCCACGCACCUGGUGGUGCUGCAGCACGGGCUGUUGGGCAGCAAGCACGACUUCGCGCGCUUCGUGGAGAUCUUCCGCGCGCAGUUCCAGGCGGACGAGCUGUACCUGCACGCGGGCGAGAGCAACGGUGCGAGCUUCUUCCAGACGUACGACGGCGUGGACCAGGGCGGCGAGCGGCUGGCCGACGAGAUCCAGCAGCUGGCCGCGAAGAUGCCUAAGCUGCAGAAGCUCUCGAUGAUCGGCCACUCGCUCGGCGGACUCUACAACCGCUACUGCAUCGGGCUGCUGCUGGUCCGCGGGUUCUUCGACAAAGUAGAGCCGAUGAACUUCGUGACGCUGGCGACGCCGCACCUCGGAAUCCGGCGACCUCGGCGCGGCGCGACCAACGUCGUGUUCAAUGCGCUGAUGCCCAAGAUCUUCAGCAGGACGGGGGCCCAGUUGACUCUGAAUGACGAGGCAACGGAAGAAACACAGGAGCUGAGCAAUGCGUCCAGGGCGUUUAUGGACAAGGACUUCCAUCCAGCUUGGUCGGAUGUGAAGGGGCCGCUGCUUGUCAGCCUCCCAGGUGGUGCGAAGACACACCAUGAUCAAGAAGCAUUCGAGCUGUACGACUGCGCUCUCAGUGAUCGGAAGCUGCAAGUGUUCGCGAACAAAGAGGACGGCGUUGCGAGCAAGUUGAAGUUCGAGGUUGAUCUCUCGUGCGCAGACGUAAAGGUACUGCUCCCCAAUGGGAAGAAGAUUGACGACGACGCCAGCUACUACUCCAGCUUCAUCGGAUGGGGGCAAAACGGUGAAGACGAGAAGACCGACGACUUCGGCAACUUCGACAUCCAGAUCCGUUGGACUGCCGAGUCUUCCGGCGCAACGCCAAUUGAGACGAACCUUUGCGUGCUUCGCAUCCCAGAGGAAGACGUUCAGCGUGACUGGAGAUGGCUCGUGGCGCUUAGUAACACGAGCUUUGGUGUGCGCUGCGUGACGUCUGGUGAGAGUGUCAAGAAGAGCAAGCACGGUGAAUCCACUGCGCCCCCUCUGCUCAGCUGCUUGACGCGGGGUCAGUUCAUGCAGGCGCUACAAAUGUUCAAGGCGCGCACGCUGUACUCGAGCAUCUUCUUCGACAUGCAGGUGCCGUACACGUGCGCCGCUGUACGCGCGUUCAAUCCGUACCGCUUGAGCGGGAGGGAGUUCCUGAUGUCGCCGAUAUACACCCACAUCGCGUUCGACUCGCUGAAGAGCGCACGCAAGCUGCGCGACACGAUUCCGCUCAAGGUCAAGCGUCUCGCCCUCAAGUACAUGACGCCGAAUCACGCGGCUGCUUCUUCUCCCUCAAAUGACGAGGAGCAGUCGAGCAGUGGCCAAGAUGUCGAAGGCAGCGGCAUCAGUAACACCAGCAGCACUCCAAGCAGCAGUAGAAGCAAUCGGCGCCACGCGUCCGACCCUGGCAGGAAGACUUCGCACUCCAGCGACAGUGGCAGACGCAAACACCAUUUCCAUCGUCAUCGUGGGAAAACUGUCGGCAGUGCGCCGUCAAAGCAUUCAGCCGACACACGACCAGAGCCGUUCGAGGCAGGCGACGUGAUAUUGGACCAACUGCCGUACGCCUUCACUGCCGACGUCGAGCAAGACGAGCUGCGUGGCAUGCUGCUCUCAGUGCAGAGCGUGGGGUGGCGCCGCAUUGAUGUCCUGUUUGGAGGCAUCUUCUCGCAUGAGCACAUUAUUGCCAAGCGAGCAAACCCAGACAAGCCCUUGGACUCGGGUAUCGACGUCGUCCACCACGUAAUGGACACCUUCCUGCUCUAA